GUGGUGGGUGGUGGUGGCGAGGGGUGGUGGGGGGGGGUGGGGGUGGGGCGUAGGUCUGUUAAAACUGACAGAAUUGAAUCAUUUUCGAAGUUCUUUAGGAUUGUUUAUGCGUCUGUACUUACCAUGGAGCCUAAAUCAGUUCUAGCUAUGAGAUAAAUUCUGAAAUUAUUGUCUUCUCGGUUAAUUUGAAUUUCUUUCAAUAAAUGGUUCGAAUUUAGGUAGAAAACACUCUGCAACCGUUUAUAGCUGAAAUCAAAAGUCGUAAGCGCAACGGUUUUGGUUUUUAUUGAGGCAUAACUCAAAUAUGUUAUAUUGUAUCGGGAUAAUCUAAAGAUCGGAGAAACAUGAAGUUCCGUUCGUUAUCAAUUUGAUCCACUAAAAGGGAGAUUUUGAAGUGAGAACUAUGUUUGUUUUUCAAGAUAAUACAAAACGAGUUUCAAUAGUAACGGUAAAUAUUUAUUAGAUCGAGUAUUAUUGCCAUUUUUGAAAAUUUUCGUCAUAUAGAAAAUCUUUUUAAAUAUGUAUAUUCUAUGUCUCUCAAUGAUAGACAAUCAGAACGAAAUAUCAAUGAAAAGUUAAUAUACAACUCUCGUGCACCACAAUACUAUAAACUUUAUUUGAUAUUUUUGACUAAUUCAAAAUUUUUUACUCUCAUCAAUGAUGAAUCUAAUUUUUCUAUUACAAUCAAAAAUGUUUGAUUUGAGAAAAAGAAAUUAUUUCACUUCGAUGACUUUUAAUAUAAAAAACGUUUAUUUAAAAAUUUAAAGGAGCACGUUUUGAUACUCGUCGUAAUGCUUUUGAUUGGGAUUUACAUAUGAAAUUAUCUGAACGAGGUUUCAAACGUUUGAAUCCACAUGAAUAUGGUGAUUGGCGUGAAAAUGGUCUUGCUUUUCGUUUAACACGUCAAGAUUAUACACAACCAAAUCGAACACUUGCAUCAGCAUUUGUUUUUCAAAAUUCUGAUGGUACUAAACAAGCACGUCGUGGUUAUUGGGGUGAUAUUAUAACUGGACCAUUUAUUGCUCAUGGUCUAUUACCUAUUGAUAAUGAUGAUUCACAAAUGCAAGCUAAAGCUAAUGAUAAAUUUGUUAAAACAGCUACAGAUGUAUCUGAAUAUAAUGUUCUUAAACUAUUAAGUCAUCUACAAGAACAAAAUAAUCAAAUUAAAAUAAUACUAUUACCAUUAAAUAGUAUUACAGAUUUAUGUACAGCUAGUAAAGAACGAUAUCGUCAUCUACAAUUUGAUUUAAUCUAUGUUGGUUGUGGUUUAACACAUUAUCUUAAUGAACAAGGAGAAAAUUUUUCAUCAUCAAUUAUGUCAAAAGAUUCUACAUUAAUAUUAGAAUUACCAACAUUUCUUCUUGAUCUUAAAAAUGAUCAACUUGAACAAUUAGAAAAACGUUAUGAUGAAUUAGCAAAAACUAUUAGGAUGUUAAGUAAGCUUUCGGCUUCCGCACUGAAUAAAACACAGUGGCGAAAUAUGUUGAUCUUCUUCGCAUUGUACUUAUUUAUAAUCAAUAUAUAA